AUGAUUAAAGACAACAAGCUAACCAUUGAAAACAUUAAUUACAAGUUAAUAAAUCAAGUAAGUGUAGAAAAUGAAGCAAAUAAAAUUUGCGAAAUAAAGGAAUAUGCAGACAAAACUGCCAGCUACUUAAACACUGAUGUAGUAUUUGAAAAAACAGCUUAUGGGAUAAAAAAUUUUAUGAACAAAAACCAUUCGGUUGAUUCCUUGGAGAAUGGUGAAAUGAUCCCAAACAAUAUUCUCUUACAGAAACAAAGUGUUAAUUAUGUAAAUAAAGCUAGUGAAGAAACCUUUGACGAAACAAAUCAGCGGGGCUCUAGGAGUAGUGGCGCCAGUUUCCAUGCACAUAUAAACGAUGACAUUAUGACGUAUGUCAAUAACAUAAGCAAGGACAUCAAUUCCAGUAGGGAUUAUGAGAUUGACACAAGUAACAAUUUAUCCGGUGUGCACAAAAUAAAUGAUGCGCACAUACACGAAAGGGAAGGCGUUUCGGGCGAGGCUCCCUCCAGUAAUGUCAACUUAGCCACGCGAAACAUCGAUGCGGGUACUGGCCGUGCUCAGAACGCUUCGUCGAGUAUAAUCCAGAAGUGCAACCGCGAAGGAGAUCUCGAUGGGCGUAGCGACGGGAAUCUCUCUACCAGCUCCGACCGGUCGAAUAGACACUAUGUCGAAAGUAUCAACAAUCUAGUGGACCCAAUAGCGGGUAAAAGGAUCAUCCUGCCUGGAGGAGCUAAAUCACCAAGCAGGCAUGCCCACAAUGAGUGCACCCCUCCCCCCACGAUUCAACAGAUGUUUCAAAAAAGAAAAAGUGAAAACCCUGUGAUGAACAUCACCAGUAUUCAUAAGGAAGUUAACGUGGACUCGACGCGUACCAAAGAGGAGGCACAAAAGGGAAAUCUAAACGUAACCCCAAAAGGGAACAAAUUAGAAAUUUUUAAAAAUUAUUCACACUACGAAAUUAUGAAUGUUUUGUGCAGUAACUGGAAUAGAGAAAAAUCUUCAGAGUCUUUUCCAUGCCCCGGUGAUGUACCUCAAAGUGAGGAAAAAAUUAACGAUGAGAAAAAUCCAAAUGAAGAGAAUGACUCAGCGAAGGUAAAAGUAUCCACGAAUGAUGGUCUGUGCCCUCCCUCAACUGAUCAUUUCCAAACAGUUACCCAUUUAAAAAAUCCCAACAGCUCAACCAAAAGAAGGGAAGAAAUUCUACAGCUACUUCUACACAACGUAGAAACAAAAGAGCUAGAUGACAUAGCUAAAAAUUUAUCAUUUUUGAAAAGAAUGCAACAAUAUUUUUAUCAGAAAUAUAUUAACAUAAAAUUCCCAAAUGACUCCAAUGACUACCACUAUUAUAUACACCUGGAUUGGUUUAACAAAUUGAAGGCCUUUAUAUUCACUCCAAAUGGAGAAUUCCCAGGAUGCAUCACAAACUAUAAAUUAUAUAAUGAUGAGGAGUCAGCCAAGGAGUCAACCACUCCCUAUAUGCUGAACAAAAAAGACAUGAAAAGUAAUUUAAAGGAGGGGAAAGAUUAUAUAUGCACCAAUCAGUACAUGUGGCGAUUUUUACACUUCCUGUUCAAAGGAGGACCCUGUAUUAAACGAAAUAGCAACAACAUAUAUGACCGUUAUGUACCCAUUUCAAAUUCUGAUCUUAUGAAUAAAAAUAUUAUCUAUUUGAUGGAACCCAAAUACGUUGAUAAUUUAUUUUCCAUUUUUAACUAUUCGAACGAGGAGCUGUGGAGUGGCACUACCCAUUCGAGAAACAGUUUAGACGAAGCGCAUAAGUCGCUUGCGAGUGGUGUGUCACCAAGUGCUCUUUCCUCUCCGUCUUCCCCGAUCACUGCUCAGACCGAUUCCGCCACUGAAACGGCUAGAAAGCAUCGCACCAAACACUUCGCACACAACUAUUACGAGUUCUUGCACUUUUACGGGCUGAAGGAAAAGGAAUAUAACUCUUCCUUUUUCCUCGAGUAUGAUCAAUCCAAUCCUAGAAUUAUGAACAAAAUGAUCGAUUUGAAAAGUAAAAAUUCGUAUGAAAGCGUGUACUCAUUUUACUCAAAUGAAAAUGACACCAUCAGCGACAGUGACAUUGCGCACAACUCCCAUGGUGUCAAUAGAAAAAGUGACCUCAGUGAGUUAUCCAAAAAGGAGACCCCUUCAGAGAAGGAAAAAAAUGGUAGUAAUUCCAGUGCGGCUUCUGGUCCGAAUCGGACUGAGGCCACAUCUCUGGAGAACGUGGGCGCGGGCCAUGGCUUGUUGUCCCCCAAACAGCUCGCAAGGAAUCUGAGCGACAACGUAAAGAACGCCUCUCUGGGUAAUAACGGCGGUAGUAGUAACGGAAACGGCGGUAGUAGUAACGGAAACGGCGGUAGUAGUAACGGAAACGGAGGUAGUAGUAAAGGAAAUGGCGGUAGUAGUAACGGAAACGGCGGCAGUAGUAAUAGCAGUAAUAAUAACAGCAAUAACAGUAAUAAUAACAACAACAACAACAACAACAACAAUAACAACAACAACAACAAUAACAACAACAACAAUAACAAUAACAAUAACAGCAAUAACAAUAAUAAUAAUAAUGAUAACGCGCAGGAGGACCCAAAGAAACGCCAAGAGGAAAACCAGAAAAAUGCGAAGGAAACGACCCCCAGCAGAGGUGUGAAGGAGGAGAGCCAGUGCAAAAACGCCACCUCCUACUUCGGCCCCAAGGCGAACGUCGGCACUCCCAAUAUUUUAAGCGCCAAUUAUACCUGCAAAAAAAGCAACGCAAGUAAAGGCAGCAGUAAUAAAAGUGAAAACCCAAGUGACAAUCUGCCUAACAGUUCUGGCAACUUGCUUUUAACCCCGCCUCCAAAAAAGAACUCCUUAGGUUGCCAUUCCUCAAACGGAAACGAAAUUUACAAGUCUUGCGAAGAGUACAAUGCUGACAAUGGGGAGGAGGCAUCCAGCAAUGGCUAUUUAACAACCACCGAGACGGAAUCGAAGGGGACAACGGACAACAGCGUUAAAAGUGCAACCAGUUCACCGAAAGAUAAAGGUGAGCCAAAAAAGGAUGACUACAAAAUGAAGAAAAAGGAGGAUACAGAAAAGGGACCAAUUUGUAAAGAUGAAAAUAAACAUGCGAGGGGCAGCAGCUGUAGUCAUGCCAAUAUUGGUAGUAGCGACAGCAGCUUCAGAAGUAGCAGUGCCAACGGGGCUAUCCCCAAAAGAGUCUCCACGGAAAAAAAGAGUAUCACUGCCGAUGAUAAAAGGGCUAAAAGGAAAGAAGAAUACGAAAAGAAUUAUAAUACAAAAAAACAUCCACUCCAAGCUGGUGCGAACAAGGUCCUAGACAGGUUAAGUAGUACGUUAAACACCGCCAAUUUAAUUCUGAAGGGACAUAGUAGCUGUUCCAGCAAUAGCAGCAGCUAUCGUGGGAGUAGCAGCGAGAGUAGCAUCGCAAGUAGCAAUAACAACAGCAGCAACGGUAGCAGCAAUUUUAGCAUUCGCAAUCACGGCGUUUCAAGCCGGAGUAUGUACAAGGAUAAGGAACGAAUGAAGAAUAUGAUAAUGGCACCCAGUAACCCUAAGAGAGAAAGUGAAUUCAACAAUAACAGCCUUAGCAUCAUAACGACGAAAGAGCAGCCAGCCGGAAUUGUUAACUACUCUGCGACGUGUUACAUCAACGUAGUUCUGCAGUGUCUAUCCGUUUACUUCAAAUUAAUAUAUACCCUACAAAAUUACGUAAGCGUGAAAUAUAAAAGUAUGAACUGUUCUAGUGAAGACACAGACAAUAUGAACUCCUCAUUUAUAAACAAAAAUUUCUUCACCAAUAGUAUCCCAUUUAACCUCUUUGGAAAUAAUAGUAAAAAAAAAGAUGAUUGUCUCUUGCUAUCUUUAUCAAAUAAAUUAUUUCAACUAAGUAAAAUGCACAAUAAAGGAAAAGUUCUCAAUGUUAGUAAGUUACUAAAUUUGCUAAAUGAUAAAUAUCCGUACCUCUUUGAAUAUAAUGAACAACAAGAUUGCCAUGAAUUUCUUCUUCUCGUUUUUGAUUUUAUUCACAAUAUGAUGAAGAUAGUUGACGAAUCGGUUGAUAAAAAUAACAGAAUUGAUUACUGUUUGAAGAAAGAACAGUCGAUUAUCUCAGAUUUAUUUUUAGGUUUAAUUGAAGAAAAAAUUACGUGUUCUCAAUGUAGCUAUGUGAACUAUGUGUACCAGCCUGUGUACAACUUAAGUGUUAAUGUCUUCAAAAAAAAUGCAGAAAAUAAUUUAAAUGAUAAUUUGGUGGAAUACUUUAAAAAAGAGGAAGUAAAUUCUACAUGCGAAAAAUGUAAAUGCAAAAAGAUGUUUAAAUAUUCCUGUGUGUAUAAAGAGCCGAAUGUUCUCAUCGUUCAUUUGAUUCGUUUGCUGAGAGAUGGGUCAAAAAUCGACAACCCCAUAAAAUUCGACAUGAACAACUUUACCGUACAAAACGUUUUGAAGAAAAAGAAUGGGCAGUACAUUGAGAACCCGAAGAAGUACAGCUUAAGUGGUGUUAUAGUUCAUCGUGGGUUGAACUCGAACUACGGCCAUUACAUCUGCUACACCAAGAGGAGACACUCCAAUGGCGCCACCGUGUGGUACAAGUUCGAUGACAGCAUAGUGACCGUCGUGGACGUUUCGGAAGUGGAGUCUGCCAAAGCCUAUUGCCUGUUCUACGAAGCCGUUAAUUAA